AAGAAAACAAAGGGAAUGCAAGGCCCUUCUAAUCCCAGUAUUGUAGUAGAAGACCACCUCUUCUUUGCCACAAAUGAACCUCAAAGUGAACCACCCUUGACACGUAAAAGAACAAAGGGGCCUUUAGAAACCGCAUUCCAAAAUGAGAGUAGAGACAAUGCUGACGAAGAUAUAGUAAGGUGCAUUUAUGCAAAUGGGUUGUCUUUCAAUGUUGUUCGCUCCCCGUAUUGGAAGCAAAUGAUAAAAAGUGUUAAUGAGGCUCCAAGAGGGUAUAAGGGCCCCGGUUAUGAGAAGGUACGUGGAACAUUAUUGGAGAAAGAGGUGAAGAGGGUUGAAGAUGCAUUGAAACCCAUAAGGGAUUCAUGGGUUGAGACAGGUGUAACAAUUGUUUCAGAUGGGUGGAAAGAUGCUAAAAACCGUCCCUUGAUCAAUGUCAUAGCGGUGUCCCCUAAAGGGGCAAUGUUUUUGAAAGCUAUGGAUUGUGAGGGCCAAAUAAAAGAUGGCCAAUUUGUUGCAGAAAUUCUCAUCUCCGCCAUUGAGUCAGUGGGGCCCCGCAAUGUUGUCCAAGUCAUAAGGGACAAUGCAAAAAAUUGUAGAGCUGCUGGUUUGUUGGUUGAGCAACGCUAUGAUCACAUCUUUUGGACACCUUGUGCGGUACAUUCACUCAAUCUUAUGCUACAAAGGAUUGGGCAAAAAAUAAAAUGGAUCAGAGAUGUGUAUGCAGAGGCUGAGGACAUCCAGAUGUUCAUCACAAACCACCACAUGUCUCGAGGGAUUUUUAGAACCUAUUCGAAUUUGGAGCUAUUGAAGGUUGCUGAGACCCGUUUUGCAUCAAACACAAUCGUCUUAAGACGACUUGUGAAAGUUAGAGUGGCACUAUGCAAUAUGGUGGUUAACACCAAUUGGACUAUAUGGAAGCAGAGUAGCACUGAGAGGGCAGAAAAAAUUAGGGAGAGAAUAUUGAAUGAGAAAUGGCGGGAUCUUGUUACAUAUCUCCUAAGUAUCACUGAGCCCAUCAUGAGCAUGAUUCACUAUACAAACAUGGAUAGGCCUUGCAUAGGUGAGAUUUAUGAUGGCAUUGACUCAAUGCUUGAAAAAAUAAAGGUGACUAUAAAUGUAAAAGAGAAUGACCCCUAG